GGUAGCAUCCUCAGUUCAUCUUAAACCCGCGAAGAAUCAACGUCUACCGAGAGACAAUCAUGGCGUUCCGAAAGAUGCUGUUAGUUGCGCUGGUCGGCGGCCUCAUUUCUGUAUCGACGGCCAGGGUUAUUGACAACAAUGAGAGCAAGUCUUCGGAGGAAUCCGGGGAGCUGGCGGAAUUUCUAGGCGAGGUCGAGUCCAGCUGCCGGAAACUGACCGGAUCUAACGAAACCUACGAAAUGAUGGUGCUUAACGCUGCUCUGGUUCCACUUUGUGUCAUUUCUAAAUUGGACAUUGAGAGCUUUUCGACAGAUCUGGACAACUUGGACGAAACGAACAGGACGGAGUUCUUUCCCAAGUAUUGUCCCCAGUUGCACGAUUCUCUGAGUUGUCUUGAGCCGGUGACGGCAGAGCUUCGAAAAUGCCUGGAUCCCGAAGAAGUCGAAGUGCUGGACGUAAUCGUAAAUAUGCUGCCGGAAGGACUCAACCUUGCCUGCAAGGACAACGGACAGAUCUUCUUCAUGGACGAUUCCGACUUCAACGAGUGUUCGGAUAAAUUUGUUGGCUACGUUGAAAAGUGCGCCGACAAGAUCUCCAACACGACCGACGCGAUGAACCUGUCCAGCUACGGUCCGAAGCAGUGCGACGAGCUGUCCCAGGUUCGGGAGUGCUUCGAGCAGCAGAUGGUCGAGUGCAAAGCGCCCAAGUUGAUUGAAAUUUUCGACUUGUUCUACCGGCCCAUGGUGAAGGCGAGUCCGUGCAAAAACCUAAUUACACUGACCGAGCUUCCCGAGAUCGAAAGCAAUGCCAUUUGAAGUGCAUCAGAGAGCCUAAAGCAGAAUGGUAAUAAUCUUAUCAGUUACAGUUUGAAAUGACGUUCAAAACGUGCUUAUAAACAUUAUUAAUUUACUCGAAAUAAACGAAUAUAAUGUUAUUUAAUCCAUAUAAA